AUGCACUCGCAAAGACCAUGUGCCGGCUACAACGCCCGUUGCGAGCACGACCGAAGCGUGUUGCCGUCCUUGAUGAGUCAGCAGGACGAAUUUUUCACCGGCAGCAGCCCGCGCACGGCCUCUGUACACAGUGAGGCGAGGCCGCAUCUACAGGAGCGCUUCCCCUUCGCCACGGCGGCAUCCUCGCUGCCAGAGCACUCCGACGGCGCCAACCUCUACUCCGGCGCCGGCGCUACCAACACGCGCGGCAACUUUAAGGUGGCGGUGCGCGUACGUCCACCUCUGCACCGCGAGCUGCACGGCUACCGACCCUUCGUCGACGUGGUUCAAAUAGUACCAGAGCACCCCAAUUCCAUCACCCUCUGCGAUGCUCUAGACACAGAGGACGGUCGGGGGGCGGUGUACUCGCGCCAGAGCUACACGUUCGACCGCGUCUACGCGGCCGACGCAACGCAGGAGGACGUAUACGAGCUGAGCGCGCGGCCAGCGGUCCUAUCGGUGCUAGAGGGCUACAACGCCACGCUCAUGGCGUACGGGCAGACGGGCACAGGCAAGACAUACACAAUGGAGGGCUUCACCAACGAGGAGGAGCGUGGCAUUGUUCCUCGCGCUGUCGAAGAUGUCUUUGCGUGCAUACAGGAGAGGCGCCGCACCAGCGAGGACACAAAGUUCCUCGUGCGGGCCUCCUACAUGCAAAUCUACAACGAGGUCAUCUCGGACCUGCUGGAGCCGCCGGCCACGGCGUUCGUUGCCAGCAGCAGCAGCAGCAGCGGCGGUGCAAGCCGUAGCAGCAGCCUCGCCGUGCGCCACACACCCCAGCGCGGCGUCUACGUCGAUGGCUUGUCGGAGUGGAUCGUGCGCACCCCAGAGGACGUGUACGGGCUCAUCGCGAAGGGCACGGCGCUGCGGGCGACCAGUGCCACGAAGCUGAGCGAGCUGUCCUCCCGCUCGCACGCCAUCUUCACCAUUGUCGUGGAGGCGAUGGAGGGCAACGAGGCGAAUCCGCUCUCCUACCGCUUUGGCAAACUGAACAUUGUCGACCUGGCCGGCAGCGAGAAAAUCCGCCUGGCCGGGGUCACGGGGCAGAGACUGGAGGAGACCAAGAACAUCAACAAGUCGCUGCACGAGCUUGGCAACGUCAUCUCUGCCUUGGCCGCCAAGUCCGGCGCACACGGCCGUCGAGUGCAGCGGCACAUCCCGUUCCGCAACUCCGCCCUCACAAGCGCGCUGCGAGACUCACUUGGCGGCAACUGCAAGACGACGCUGAUCGCGUGCAUUUCACCGGCGUUGGAGUCGUACGCGGAGUCUCUCUCCACGCUCAUGUUCGCCAAUCGCGCCAAGAACAUUCAGAACCACGCCGUGGUGAACGAGGGCAUGAGCCAGGCAACGCUGCUCAGGGCGUACGAGCAGGAACUGCAGCGACUGCGGCAGCAGCUGCAGGAACGCACGGAGAUGGGCGGCGGUGGCGCCAAUGGGCUCAUGAGCUCGACUGACACCCAUUUGCUGCUUUCCGAAUUGGAGGAGGACCGACGGCGUGCGGAGGCGGACCGGCAGGCGGCGCUUGCGGCGCUUGAGAAGUCUUCGGUGGCACAUCAGGAAGAGAUGCGUGUGCGGCAGGAGCUGGAGAGUCGCAUACGCGAGCUAGAGGCCAUCAUGCGCGAGGGUGGCAUGGAGGGCAACCCGCGCACCAGUCAGGAGUACGCCGAGCGGCUUCUCGAGCUGGACCGGGAGCGUCAGGCCGUGGAAGAGGACAAGGAGCAGGUGGAACGCUACAAGCACCUGCUGCUGAAGCAGCGCGACAUCAUGCUGAGCCUCACCACCCGACUGAACGACCGCGACGAGACGAUCCUGCUUCUCCAAGAAGAAGUUGACGCCUACGACCAGCACGUGCAGACGUUGGAGGAGGAGCUGGAGCUGUUGGCACGGCAAGGCAACGCAGGGCGGCGGGCCACCUCGCCGCCGCCGUCCUCGACCGCAAUGAUGGUUGUCAACCCGCAGCUCGUCGGGAACGCGAGUGAGGCGCAGGCGGCAGAAUACAUCUACCAAAGGCGCGUGCAGUCCCCGUCGUCGGAGGCUGGCGCGCGGGCCGGCACGUCGCCGCGAUACCGAUCCUUCCUUCAACCGAGCCGCACUGUUACCGCGGAGGCGCUCGCCGUGGAGUUGGUCAUGCUACAAGGCCGCAAAGACGCCGCCGCGGUGGCUGCUUCGGGCAAGGACAGGAGCGGAUCAGUCGAGGGCAGCCUCGUCGACGCCGCGGAGCUGACUCGUAUCCUGCAGCAGCGCGCCGACUCGAUUUUGCACGCGCAUUACAACGCGCAAGUGGCGCAGCUGCGCUCCACCGUGGCGGCGUUGACCCUUCAACUGCGCAACAGCGAGGACAGGGCGCACAUCGCCGACAAGGAGGCGCGCCUGCUGGCGCAUCGACUGAGCAGUGGACAGAACGGUGCCACCAUAGAUGCGGUGCAGCGAGAACUUCGAGCGGAGUGGGACUCGCGCCGCAAAGCCUACGUCAGCACGAUGGACGCGGUCCGAGACGCCGUUCGCGCCGACACGGCAGAGAGGGUGCGGCUUGGGCGCGAGAUCGACCGCAUCCGCGUGGAGGUGCAGCACCUGCUUGAGACAGCGACCUCGUCGGCUAUCGCGUCACCUGACACGAGUCGGCGGUCUGCUGUUAGCCGCGUGUGGCAGCGGCUGCAGGAGGUGGAGGAGGAAGUGCGCCUUCACGGGAUAUUGACGCAGCUGCCAGAUGUGCUCCUUGACGCUGAGGCUGUGCCCUCGGGGAAUAGCAGUGCCACGAGCGCAGCGGAUGCGGAGCGCAAGUUGCGCGAUGCGCAGGCGCGGGAGGCGGCGCUGCAGAAAAGGAUUGAAGAGCAGCAGUGCUGCAUCACACAGCUGGAGCGGGAGAUGGAGGGUCGCGCAAACGGCCGCGAAUCAUCAGAAGCGUCCGCCGCCGACACAGCGGAGGUGGCAGCGCUGAGGAGAAAGCUAAUGGUGCACGAGAAGGAUCGGCAUGCCAUCCGCACCAUCCUGGAGCACCGGAUGAAGAGCAAGAUUAAUCGCAUCUGUGAGCUGCUGCAGGUCACCCACGUCGACACUGCUGACGGCAAAGAUGGGGCCAGCAAGCUGAGCAGCGAGGCGCUCAGUCUGCAGGGACUCAUUCACGCCGCGAUCAAGGCGAUGGAUGCAGACGUUUAG